AAACUGACCACCUCGUGAAAGCGCCACCACGCCCUCGCCGUGUGUUUGCGUUACGUCAGCCUCUACGCAUGCGGACGCAUGUAAGUAGGAAACUUCAGUGUGGUUUCGUUGGUCGCUGUGUUUUCAUCGCAGAGUUACAGCUACCUGGGUCGUACGCCACAUCUUUAAGGUUGUCAGGAUGGUUGUGCUUUCCAAAGAGUAUGGAUAUGUGGUGUUGACUGGCGUUGCCAGUAUGAUCAUGGUUGGACAUCUGGCAGUUAAAGUUGGCAAAGCUCGCAAGAAGUACAACGUGCCGUAUCCUCAGAUGUACAGUAAUGACCCAGACACUGGAAACACUUUCAACUGUAUCCAGCGUGCACACCAGAACACCCUGGAGUUGUACCCUGCCUUCCUGUUCUGCCUGGCCAUUGGUGGUUUGCAUUGUCCUCGCGCAGCCAGUGGACUUGGAGUUGUAUGGAUUAUUAGCAGAGAGGUGUACGCACAUGGGUACUCUACAGGAGAUCCUAAAAAGAGAAUGAGGGGAGCGUUUGGGAACGUGGCUCUCCUCGGGUUGAUGCUGACCACAGUCAACUUUGGCCGCCACCUGUUGGGCUGGACGGGACCAAAGAUCGGGCCUUUCCGUCAAGCACACUGUUGUUAAUGAGGGCAGUGGCUUCAGGCUCGGCUCACUCGAUCAUUAUUAGAAUCAGUACCACUCUACAUAAACCACAUACCUUGAAGCAUGCGUGCUAACCUCUGAUCAGAGUAACAGUUGAAGUCAGUAGAAGUCCUCAAGUGGCCUGACCAGUUCUUCUUGAGAGGAAACGCCUCAUUUCAAAUUAUGGAUGUGCUCUAUAUAGAGACUGGCACUUCUGCCACUUGUAAGAUCUGCCAGUUUGUCUUGAUAGCAUGAAAAACCUGCUCUGUGAUCUUGAAAUUCCAAAACGAAAUGGCCACAUGACUUUUCCUAAGUAUUUUUGCAUAAAACAAAUGAAGAUAAUGUUAUAAAAAGGGAAUUUUCAGAAAGGAAAUUAGCCUUCUAUGUUUGAUGGACAGAAUAUCACCUUAUGUUUGCAGUUGUUUUAGUUGAAAAGUCCAGUUUUAUACAUUAAUAAACAAACGAAAAUGGUUAGUCAAACAUAAUGCAGCUGUCGGGUAAAACAACAUAAUUCCAUUCAUGAUGAUUGUCUUUUUUUUUAUUUGUCUUUAGAUGUUCUUUCUCAUAUUGAAAACUGAUUAUAUUAAAUAUUAACCAUCAGUUAUAAAUAA